AUACAUCAUGCUUUAUCACAUGUUUCACGGCUGAUCCGUAUCGCGGUUAUGAUUUUUAUGAUUACAUCAGAUUACAGGAUCGCCACGAUAAAUGUGUAUAUAUAUUUUCGGUUCGUAAUGGCAUUUAUUUUAGUAUCCAGUUAACAUUUUCACGAUAAAACGAAAAGAAACAGUAAAAAGAAAAAAACCGGAAAAUAUGUUAGGCGUACUGUACGGCCGUCUACCGCGCGAGGUGCUGCACAACAAGAAACUGUGGUGUUUGACGAGAAAUACAUACAGCAGCGGAAUCAGGACACGAUUAAUAUUAUCUAGUAGAUUCCACAUUGCCGGGCGUAAUCCCGUGUUCCUUCCUCUCGGCGUCAGGUGUUGCAGCGGCAAUGUAAUUGAUCGUGCUCAGAAGAAGAAGAAUGUGCCGCAAUCUAAAUCUGUCGUGCCGCCAGUGAAAUUUGUAUCGGUUGUUACUGGACUAACCGGAGCAAAGCCUGGCCAACAAAAAAGAAACUGCUUUCAUCCUGGCGUCUCUGGUUUGAGCAGAGAUGCCAUUGAUUUACGCGAUAAACCGUCGAUCACCAGUACGGACAUGUUAAAAGCUAUGCUCAGAUAUAUUUGGCCAGAAGAUGAUCCAGAAAUCCGGAAAAGAGUGAAAAUAGCAAUGGGUUUACUUGUAGGAGCUAAGGUCUUAAAUGUUUUUGUGCCAUUUAUUUUCAAGUAUGCGAUAGACAUUUUAAAUGCCCAUACCGCAGCAAUGUCCGGCAGUGCUGUGAUGGAUUUAACAACCGCGCCUGCAACAGUCGCGACCGUAGCAACAUCACUACUUGUUGGAUAUGGAAUAGCACGGGCUGGAGCAGCCGGUUUCAGCGAACUUAGGAACGCGGUUUUUGCGAAGGUCGCACAGCACUCUAUUCGUAAGAUAGCGAAAAACCUUUUUGUGCACCUGCACAAUCUCGAUAUGGCUUUUCAUUUAAGCAGACAGACCGGUGCUUUAUCGAAGACAAUCGAUCGUGGUAGCCGUGGUAUCAAUUUCGUUUUAAACGCCAUGGUGUUUAACAUUGUUCCUACAAUAUUUGAGCUAGCAUUAGUUAGCGCAAUAUUAGGGAUAAAAUGUGGACCGGAAUACGCGGCCGUAGCGUUAGGUUGCGUGAGCGUUUAUGCUGCAUUCACAUUAACUGUUACACAGUGGCGCACCAAAUUCAGAAUACGUAUGAAUCAAGCGGAAAAUGAAGCAGGCAACAAAGCGAUAGACUCGCUCAUCAAUUACGAAACAGUAAAGUAUUUUAACAACGAAAAGUUUGAAGCGGAAAGAUACGAUCAAUCUUUGAAGAAAUACGAAACAUCGUCCCUCAAGACUAGCACGAGCUUAGCGAUGUUGAACUUCGGGCAGAAUGCCAUUUUCAGCGGUGCGCUGAGCCUCAUCAUGGUACUGGCGGCGCAAAAUAUCGUAAAUGGCACUAUGACUGUCGGUGACUUAGUGAUGGUGAACGCUUUGUUAUUCCAACUCUCAGUUCCUUUAGGCUUCCUAGGCUCUGUUUAUCGAGAAGUAAGACAAGCUUUUAUCGACAUGCAAACUAUGUUUGCCCUUAUGACAACGGACACUGCAAUUAAAUCAAAAGAAAAUGCACUAAGAUUUCACGUGACGCCAGAUUCGUCGGAAAUUCAAUUUAGAAAUGUAAAUUUCCAAUAUGUCGAAGGAAAGCCUAUUUUUAACAAUGUAUCGUUCACUAUAUCGAGUGGCAAGAAGGUUGCUAUUGUUGGAGGAUCUGGUUGUGGCAAAACUACAAUUGUGAGAAUGUUGUAUAGAUUUUUUGAACCACAGAGCGGCAAUAUUUACAUCAAUGGUCACAACAUUCAAGAUGUUGAUUUAGAGGACCUAAGACAAUGCAUUUCGAUUGUGCCACAGGAUACGGUACUUUUUCACGAAAGUAUAUUUUAUAAUCUGCACUAUGGUAAUUUGAGAAAAUCGCGCGACGAAGUUUUUGAAGCUGCGAGAAUGGCAAAUCUACAUGACUCGAUACUGAAAUGGCCGCAAGGAUACGAUACACCUGUGGGAGAACGCGGUUUGAAAUUAAGUGGAGGAGAAAAACAAAGGGUUGCAAUUGCCAGAGCAAUUUUGAAAAACAGUCCUAUAUUGAUCUUUGACGAGGCUACUUCUUCACUGGACUCCAUUACGGAACAUAAUAUACUUGACGCUCUGCGUAAAGCGACGGAAAAACGGACCUCAAUCGUGAUCGCGCAUCGUUUGUUGACAGUUAUGGAUGCCGAUGAUAUACUUGUGCUAGAUCAGGGUAAUUUAGUCGAGAGGGGCACACACCAGUCAUUGUUAUCUGUACCAAAUUCUUUGUAUAACAAAUUGUGGGAAACCCAAUAUUUAGGCAUGAAAAGAUCUCAAGAACAAAAAGAGAAAAGUCAAGCUGAACAGUUUAAUUAAAGAUAGGAUGAUCUAGGUAAAGAUACUAUUUAUCAUAUAACACUGAAUGAAAGUCUUAGUCUUUUCUAGGAAUUAAUUGCCACAAAUGUUGUUUCAUAAUUAGGAUUUGACAGAUACGUGAGAUAUACAAAAAUAAUUUCGUGAUAACAAAAUAUUACAGAGCUGUGCAUAAAAAUAUAAGUAUUAAAGAUAGACAACAAUAUUUGUUUUACAAAGUCAGUGUACAUAUUAAUAUUACAUUAGUAAUAAACAAAUGUUACGCUUGCAAUCAACUUAUUACAAAUAGCCUUCUUCGUUGUGUACAUAUAUUCUCAUGAAUAUUUCAGCCAAUUGACAACAAUACAGAUUAUUUUAUGAUAAUUUGUAAUACGUAUAUACAUACUUAAGUCAGCCAGAUGUUGCCAAAUGUUUUCACUUGUAACAUAUUUCAAAACUUAUGAAAAAUAUGUAAUUUAUUGUUCGAAAUAUAAUUUAACUGUAAAUAAAA